CGCAUGCAAGUUAUGGAUUAUGGGUUAUGGAUAUUAUGCACGCACUGCGCCUUGCACAAUGCGCUACGUUACGCGAUCACCGGCGGUGAAUCCUAAUACGUUCUGUACCUGCCUCAUACCCACAAUAGCUCUUUCAGUGGGUUAGGACCUCGGGACCGCUAGGUGCCUACCGGCGAACGUACUUUCCUUGUCCCUGUCUUAGGUAGAAAAACUACCCCACCAAAAUAACAAUAACGCUGCCACAGCUGCCAAUUCAUCCCACUUCGUUCCUAUUCCAUACAAACCUUAAUACAAUUAUUAUCUCAAUAUCAUUAAUUUGCCAACACGGCGAACUUAUUGUAGACACGAAAAAACAACAACAACGUUACCUUACGCUCCAUACGCGCGCAACACACACAAGGCAUGCAUAGAUCAUAACCCUUUUCAAAAUGAACUUCGCCAUAGAGGUUCCGGGGACGGCAACACCCCUAAACUUUUACGAACUACUCCGCACCCUUCAGACGGCAUCAUCAUCCCUUGACAAUAGCAAACGCCAGGCUGCAGGCCAGCAACUUACAGCCUGGGAGUCAAACCCAGACUAUUACCCGACUCUGCAGUCCAUUUUCCUCGAGAAGAGCUCGCCCCUAGAUGCCAGAUUUCUCGCGAUUAUCCAACUGAAAAACGGUGUCGAUCGAUUCUGGCGGCUCCAUAGCAUCCAAAACGCCAUCCCAGCGGCUGCGAAGCAAGUAAUACGAGAAAGACUUUUUCAGGGAACUAUUGGUGAAGGUGAUAGGCAACUUGCUCUGCACAAUGCGCUCGUUAUUGCUAAAGUAGUUCGCACCGACUUUCCUACCGCGUGGCCUACUCCCUUGAAUGACCUUGUCCAGCUUCUGAGGGCGACCAAGGACGGCGAUCAGGUUGAGCUCUCGGGUGCCUUGAUGAUACUUCUGCGAAUAGUUAAGGAGCUGGGAACAGCACGUCUGCUUAAGUCUCAGGCUAUGCUUCAGUCUAUCACACCAGAACUCGUAUAUGUUCUUGGCGAAAUAUACCAUGCCAAGACUAGUCUUUGGAUAGCUUUCCUAACCAACGGUCGCGAGGAUGACGAUGAGAACGAGGCUUUACUGGCAAUGGACAACAGCCUCGAUGCCAUCAAGAGUCUUCGCCGACUUCUAAUAGUUGGUUAUGAGCACCCACACAAGGACAAAACCGUCCAACAAGUUUGGAGCUUCUCUCAAGAGCAGUUCGCCCAAUUCCUCAACUUCAUCAACUGUGAUUCGCGAAAAAUUGCACGCUAUACCGAUCUCUUAGGGAAGCAUCUUGUCCAAUUCACCAAACUCCAUAUCGAGAUGGCUACGAGUCAUCCUGCAAGCUUUGCAUCCCUCCCAAAUUCUUUAGAUCUUGUCCGUGCAUACUGGGAACUCACCGCUAAAUUUGCCGAGGUGUUUAAUAAGUCAGAUGGAAUACGACAAGAGACCUCGGGAUCAGGACAGCCCAAGGCUAAGGUGGAGGGUCCCGUUCUAGAGAGGCUGGCAUUGAAGGGACUCCUUCUGGUAAGACAGUGCGUAAGGAUGGUCCACUUUCCCCAGCAAACAAUCCGUUAUCGUUCAAAGGAUAUUAUAGAAGAGCAACAACAGGCAGUCAAAUUUCUAGGUGCUGAAUUACUCAAAGAUGAAGUAGUCACCCAAAUUGCCAAUAUCCUAAUCACUCACUUUUUUAUAUUUCGCAAAGCGGAUCUAGAUGCGUGGGAUGAAGAUCCGCAAGAAUGGGAACAACAAGAAGAAGCUGAAGGUAACGCUUAUGAAUGGGAAGUCAGACCUUGUGCGGAAAAGCUGUUCCUGGAUCUCCUGACGCAUUACAAACGUCUCCUACUACAACCCCUCAUAUCCUAUUUCGGUACAAUCCAGAACCCGCAAGCAGAUAUUAUCAACAGGGAAGCGGUAUAUACUGCUAUAGGACUGGCUGCUCCACUAGUCAGCGAGGAGUUUGACUUUGAAAGUAUGCUAAAGACGACAAUAGCAACCGAUGCACAGCAGACCGGCCCAUUGGCCCGGGUCAUCAGGCGAAGAAUUGCUAUUCUUCUUAGUCAAUGGGUACCUGUCAAAAUAUCUAACGAAGCCCGCCCAUUGAUUUAUGAGAUAUUCCGACAUUUUCUGAACCCCGAAGAUGAAUGUAACGACAUUGUUGUCCGUAUUACUGCUGCGCGACAAUUCAAGAUCAUAUUUGAUGAACUGGGAUUUGAAGGACACCUCUUUGCUCCAUAUGCACCCGAUGUACUUAUGCGGCUCAUCAGGCUACUGGAAGAAGCAGAGGUUGACGAGACUAAGUUAGCGAUACUUGAAUCAACGCGGAGUCUCAUACAGCGCAUGGAGACGCAUGUCUCCAGCUUUGGUGACAUGGUAAUGAACGCAAUACCCGGAAUAUGGGAGUCAGCGGGUGACCUAGGCUACAUGAUGAAGCAGUCGGUUUUAGCCAUUAUACAAGCAGUGGUGAUGUCGAUGAAAACAGAGUCUGCGAGAUACCAGCCUAUGAUUCUACCACUCAUAGCCGAAGCCACGCGAGAGGGUACCGAGUUGUACUUGUAUCUCAUCGAAGAAGCGCUAGACUUAUGGUCUAAUGUCUUACAUCAGAGCCAGGCCCCCUUAUCGCCAGAGCUUCUCAGUCUAGCUGAGACUGCCAUUGGUCAACUAUCAAAACAGAACGACAAUGCUUUUACAUAUACAAGCAUCCUCGGCUGUUACAUCGUACUUGCACCGGAGGCAAUCCUUGAAGAUCGGUACCGACGUCCAGCUAUAGCGGCUCUCUCCAACUCUCUUAGUGCCAAGAAUCGUGAGCUAGUGAGUAUCACGAUACGAUAUACCGAAUCAUUGAUACGAUUGUCUCAUAGCUUGGGUGGCACAUCUGGCCUCCAAGUUGUUAUCCGAGACAUGAUGGAGACGGGCUUUCUCACUACGAUAUUCGAAGGCAUACAUGACUCUUUUGAAGCUCACCAAACAACUGGACCCAAAAAGAGGCAACCUCGUGUGAGCUCUCAAAACUUAGUAGACUACUUCGUGAUCCUAUCGCGAAUAGCUGUCGCCGAUCCAGCCAUGUUCGUGGAGAUGCUUGUCUCACUUGGUCCCUUAGAUCAGGUUUGGAGUUGGCUUAGCACCGAGUGGUUUGGUUCGUUCGACAACAUAGCCGAUAACAAUCGGCACAAGCUAAAUCUUUUAGCCCUGACGCGACUCCUUGAGCUUCCCCAGCCAAUGCAAGAUCUUGUCCUGCUCAAGCUCCAGGAGUAUUUCUCGAUGUGGACCAGCGUCAUGGUUCAGAUUAUAAGUACUGAAGCACCCACUAUCGGUAACGAUAUGCUCGUUAUUACCGAUGAAUUAAAGCCCACAGAAUGGGACACACCAAAGGAUAUCAGGGAAAGGUCCUUACUCGCGACUGACCCAGUAAAAACAGUCCAGUCCCUUCCCUUUGUGCAAGAAAAGCUUAAUGAGCUGGUACAGAGAGUCGGUGGAGGACAAGCCUUCGAAGAAAACUGGGCUGUUAACGUCGACAAGGAAGUCAUAGCCGGCUUUCAAGCAUUAGCCGCGGCACCCAGCGGGGAUGCGUAGUGCGUAUCAAAGCUAAGAGAAAUGCAAGACGAAACGGAACGAAAACAGGACUCUUUAAGGGCCCGGCUAGGACUGUGGCGAAUCUGAAGAGUGGAAGAACGUACAGUAAACUGACGUACUACUCUGUCGCCACAAGCAUAUUAAUACCACCCCUCUUGGUAGAACGAAAGUGACGAGAAUUGGGUGCUGCUUUGCUACUUACCUGCUUACCUAGACCUACCUACCUUACCUAGGUACUUAGGUUGGGGACUUGAGGCACAUAACAGGUAUAACUGAAGAUACCAUGCAUAUUGAAUUGUUUAUGUCCCCAGAUUUGGUUUGCUAUAGAUUCUUGCUUACCUGAUCUUUACCAUGGAUAGCCUAGCAUAGCCAUCAAUGAAUAAGAGCUCCCGCAUUUGUGCGUGAAUACCGAGUUUCUAAUCGUAGGGAAUACCUACCG